AUGAAUCUUUCGCACAAUGAAAUUGGAGGUGUUGGAGCACAACAUUUGGCUGAUGGAUUACAACACAACACAACACUCACCAGACUAGAUCUCGAUUCCAAUGUAAUUGGAGAUGUUGGAGCACAACAUUUGGCUGAUGGAUUACAACAUAACACAACACUCACCACACUGGAUCUUUCGCACAAUGAAAUUGGAGGUGUUGGAGCACAACAUUUGGCUGAUGGAUUACAACCCAACACAACACUCACCGCAGUACAUCUCGGUAGCAAUGGAAUCGGAGCUGAAGUAAAUCACAUAAUAUCUACAUUUAUGGAACGCAAUAGAACUGGAGGACAAUCGCGAUCGUGA